AUAGAAAUAAUUACCAUAGUAUGAAACAAAACUUAACCACAGAUGUGGUAAAUAUUACAAUGCGAAUAUUGUAAUUUAAAACACUGCGAUAGAUGGCACUUAAGUUAAUGAAUUUUACUAUAAAAUGAGUAGAAUUCGUAAAAAAAUAAUUUUUGUAAAAUUCACAAAAGUGAUUACUGACGCGACGUGAUACAAAUUGAGUGGUGGUACCUUGUGCAGUGACUGUGACUUGUGUAUAAUUUUUGAUUUCAUCAGUUUGAUUUUUUUUUUUUUUUUUUUUUUUUGAUAGGAAGAAAAGUGAACCGAGUUCCUAUUCCCUAUUCCUGUUCCGUGCUUUACCAGCCAUACCUUCUCGUUGCCAUUCCUGUUGCCAGUCAAAAGUUGCGUUCUGUACCAGAUAUAAGUAUAGGUGUUAUCACUGUCAAAACGCAGUUGGUCAGCUGAAACACUUGCUGACACAUGUGAAAGUAAUGAAAAGUCUAUCAAAAUGCUCGGAAAAUUUUUUUUGACUUUAUGCGCGUGGAAUAUUUUAACGAAAUAUCCGACCACGCACGCUUUAAAAUUUCCCGACGAUUUUCUGUUUGGUGUGGCUACGUCGAGCUAUCAAAUUGAAGGAGCAUGGAAUGUCGAUGGAAAAGGAGAAAAUAUAUGGGACCGAUUAACUCACUCGGACCCAGAUGCGAUCUUGAAUAAAGAUAAUGGCGAUGAUGCUGCUAAAUCGUAUUACUUUUACAAAGAAGAUAUCGAUCUUUUGAAAGAAAUCGGGUUCAAUUUGUACAGAUUUUCCAUCAGUUGGGCUCGCAUCCUACCAAAUGGAGACUUGAGUAAAAUCAAUCCAGCUGGAAUUCAGUAUUACAACAAUGUAAUAAAUUAUCUACUCGAAAAAAACAUUCAACCCAUGAUCACCAUUUAUCAUUGGGAUUUACCUCAGAAACUUCAAGAUGCCGGAGGUUGGCUCAAUCCGACAAUUGUCGAUCAUAUGGAGCAUUACGCUGACAUUUUAUUUAAAAAUUACGGCGACAGGGUGAAAUGGUGGACAACGAUAAACGAGCCUUAUUUUAUCGUAUUUGGGUAUAGCGAAGACGAUCACGCACCUGCAUUAGGCUUAGGUUCGCCGGCCGACUACAGGGUCAGUCAUCAUAUUUUAUUGUCGCACAUGCGAAUUUACAGAUUGUAUGAGAAGAAAUAUAAAGCACAACAAAAUGGAAAAGUCAGCAUUACUCUAAAUUACGACGCUUGUUUUCCAAAAACAAAAUCGCCAGAAGAUGCAGAAGCUGUGAAAAGAUACUUUGAAUUCAAUUUAGGAAUAUUCGCUCAUCCAAUUUUUUCGUCCGAGGGAGAUUAUCCAAAACUGGUGCGAGAAAUAGUCUAUAAUAAUAGCAAGGCGGAAGGUUUAACGAUGUCGCGACUUCCUGCAUUUACAGAAGAAGAAAAAAAAUCUCUAAAAGGAGCUGCCGACUUCUUCAGUCUAAACCAUUACCUAACUUAUAUUUGCAGUCCACUUCCCGCAAAUGCUCCUGAAAACAUCACAUUACCUUUUUACAAAGAUAUGAAUGUGAUGAAUGAGGAGGAAAACUCAAAAUCGCAAUUGCAUUUUUUUAAAGAUAAAAACGCGACGAAUAAGGAGGAAAACACAACAUCGCCUGAAACCAAAGGCGAGAAAAUGGAGGUGAAGUCGGAAGGAUUCAGAUCUGUGUUGAAUUCAGUUUCGAAAGCGUAUAACUAUCCUGCAAUCAUCAUCAGCGAAAACGGUCUCGACGAUGGCGAAAUGAAUGACACUGUUCGCAUAAAUUAUUAUCGAGAUUAUCUCAAUCAACUUCUAUUAGCGAAAUACGACGAUAAGUGUAAUAUUACUGGCUACACUGUUUGGUCUCUUUUGGAUAAUUUCGAAUGGAAUUUGGGUUACACGAAUCAUUAUGGAAUCGUCAGCGUUGAUCAAAAUUCUGCGAACAAAACGAGAACUCGAAGACAAUCCUCCUACUUUUUCCAAUCACUAAUAGCAAAUAGAACGUUGUCAUAAAACGUGUCUAUAGUACCUAAUGAAAGUAUUCAGCUUUUUAUUAUUACCCAUUAUUUUUAAAUAAUCUAACUCAAUCUUUGAUCAUCAAUUAGAAUGUAUUGUGGUAUAAUUAGAUAAACUGAUUCAUUGUCA